UGUAAAUAUCUGAGGAUUGAUGGAUGUCUUUGCCUUGUGUGUAGAUCCCAGAGGCUUAAAUUCAGACUGAACCUGUACGAGCUGAAGGAGGGUCGCCAGAUCAAGCCCAAGACCUUCAUGAGCAUGGUGUCCAACCUGUUGUACGAGAAGAGGUUUGGGCCAUACUACAUCGAGCCUGUGAUCGCCGGAAUAGAUCCAAAAACCUCCGAACCAUUCAUCUGCUCCUUGGAUCUGAUUGGCUGCCCCAUGGUGACAGAAGACUUUGUUGUGAGCGGAAGUUGUGGUUCUCUCCUUGUUGCAUUAUUAUUUGCACAGUGGCAGCUCUUUAACCUGCAUUACAGCACCUUCAUAUUCACUGACCACACUCACUAGAGGAAGCAGGGCUGUGUGAUAUAUUGCUAUUGUAAAAAAGAUGUUUACUGAAAAGAUUAAAUGAUACUAAGAAGACUGAAUAAUACAUGGUUUCUUAUUUACAUUUACAAUAACCCUCAAUGGCCAUACAUGGGAGCGUCACCAGACCAAUUGUCAUCUCUAGAAUAUUGUUGAAUGAAUUAAGCCUGAAUGUAGAUGAAAGUUGUAUAUUGAUUAGGGCUACACAAUUUACAACACACAAAGAUGUUUACUGAAAAGACUUGAACACAAGAUGUUUGAACACAAAAAGAUGUUUACUGAAAAGAUUAAAUGAUACUGAAUAAUA